AUGACUUCCACUCCCGAUGCGGCGGAAGGCAGCGAGGAUGUAAACGACUUCCUUCAACGAAUUCGGGAACUCGGUGAGAAACGUGACAAGGAAGACGAAGAGCGAACGAAGAAGCUGGAAGAGGAGAUUCUGCAAGGUCGCAAGGAAAGACAGGCUAGGAGAGCUGAGCGAGCACGAUCUAUUUCCCCAACAAAGGAUUCCUCUCCGAUCCUCGACCCCGCUCGACUGAGCAUGUCGUCCUUGAGUCACCGAGCCAUUGAUCCUCCGGAACAGCUUGAGCCGACUACCCCUCGAACCCCAGUCCAUGAUGCCCACAGCGUUUCAAACACAUUUCGAGACGACAAAGUAGCUUCAACAGGAAGUAGUCCAGCGGGGUCGAGACUGGAAGCAAGCGAGGUUGGAGUCUCUCCGAAAGCUUCGCCCACGCUACGGAGCAGGGCCGGAACUUUAUCCUGGCAGCAGCGACCUAGUUCUCGAGACCUUAGUGGAAAUCGUACCUUCUUUUCCACCUCGCCUUCACGCGAGACUCGUUGGAGGGCCAUGUCAAAUGCUUCAGCCACCGAAACCGGAGCGUUAGCUAGCCCCCUGGCAUCUUCGUCCCCAUUGCGAGAGCCGUCCUCUCUGCGCCAGCCUGAGGUAGACGACACGCCAGCGCAAGAAACGCCUUUCAAGGAGGGCAAAGUCGACCAAUCUGAAAACACAAAGACAAAGGCCCCCGAAGCGAUGGAGCAAACGGAAUCAGCCAAGGAGAAUGGCCACCGGGACACAACAGAUGAACAAUCACCGCCUCCGUCGAGAGCUAGCUCAAGCUUUGCAGAUAGCAGUCUGGGGAACCGGUACAGUGUAUCAUCUGUCUCGACAGCCACCGGUCUCGGGUCUCCGCUGCCCCUGUCUAGCGCGCAGAAGUUCGAACCUCCGAAACAGGAAGGAGAGUCUGACAGCCAUAUGGCGUUUCCGGUCUCACCACGGCGACUUUCGCCGGAGCGUUCAACAUCUCCAACAAAAGGCCUAGGUGGUUUUGUUCAAAGUGCCAUGCUGCGACGGUCAGACAGCGUGUCGAAGCGAUGGAGUGCUCAGCUACCGUCAGGGCUUAGCCGGAACAGUUCGUUUGCCAGCAAUCGCAAUAGUUUUGCUGCCCCGAGCAACACUGAUCUCACCGCUACACCCAAACUGAACCGAGAAGGCACUUCUAUAUCGUCCCCACGACCUAGUUCGAGUCACAGUGAGGCGACUAUAGUCCGUCAAGCAAAAGCCGAACAACGUCCCGCAACCCCCCCUGCCUCAAGUAGGAGUGAGAGUUUAAGCAGACCCCCUCUGACUGUACAUGCUAGAUCUAGCAGUAUUAUGAGUGUGGAAUCGCAGGGUGAAGGCGGAUCACGUCCUACGACUCCCGUUUCCAGGACAAUGGAUCAGAGGAGAUGGAGUCCAACCAAAUCUACCUGGCUGGAAAGUGCCUUGAAUAUUUCUGAAUCCCCAAGACAUAAACGGCAACCGUCCCAGCAGUCCAUCUCAUCUUUGAACAAAGAUCGGCAGUCAAGGACUAGUGUGGAUCUAGGACGCCGGAAUAGCUUUAAGGAAGUCAAUACAGUUGGCCUCAUGCGGACUACGCCUCUUGGCGGCCAUGUGAAAAAGCAAAGCCUCUCGGGGAUUCCCAAUGUGCUCAAGACUCCGGAUCUUAGUCCCACUAAAGAAAAGCCGCUGAAUGACGCAAGUCUUAUUAAAGAGGAACCGUCAUUGGAACAGGGGCCUCUCCCAAUCGAGACAACUGUGCCUGGCUCGCCAUUAAAGACUGACGGCGUCGAGACCACUUUCGAAAUGCCCGAAGCUCCUGAAGCGCUUAAUGAAGUAUCUGAGGUACCUGAAGUCGCCAAGGAUUCUGCUGUGCCUGAAGCAGCUGAGAAAAGCCCUGAUGGUGAUCUGAAGCAUAAAAAUAUUCCGCCCGCCUUGUCACCAACUCCUAAGGCCAAUACUGAUGUUCCUGUGCUGUCCCCUCGUCAGCCCAUCCGCGACCCAUUACUGGACCGUCCUAAGCCCCAAUCGCCAGUGGUUGAUUUUAGGGCAAAUCUUCGAAAGCGCGAAGUCGUAAAGGAUCAGUCUUCCACAGCGGAGCCUGAGUUCAAGAAUGUGUUUGGAAAGCUCAGGAAGGCAGAAACGUCAAAUUAUGUCGCACCGGACGAGCUCAAGAAUAACAUACUCAAAGGCAAGGCUGCUCUGAACAUGACUAGUGGCCCAAAGAAAACCCAGAGAGUGGAUGAACUUAAAGAGAGCAUUCUGAAGCAGAAAGAAGCUAUGAAAGCGAACGGGGGCUCCGUUCGACGGAAUACACUUGAGCAAGCGGAAGCUCCCACCGAAGCGGUCCCGGAGGCCAUUAUGAAGCGCCGGCACCUGGCCAAGUCAAGUAUUGACAGGACUAAUUCUCCAGUAGGUAGUCUGUCACCGACUGCAGGAGAGGGUGAAGCGCCGGUGUCUCAAUUACUCCGGCAACCCUCGCCCAUGCUCUCUAGCGACGAAGAAUCUGCCACGACGGCCCAGCAUGCGCAAAGCGCCGUUGAUGAACUCAGGUCUCCUUCAAGCGAACUACCAGAAAAAAACACAGCACCAAUUACAUCAGAUACCGGGGUGAGGGACGAGGCUGCGCGUCAUGACACCAAGGAGUUGGUGGAGGUAAACUCAGAGACAGGGCAAAAGCAACCGACGAUGGAGGCCAUUGAACCGGUGCGUCCUCUGCCACCGGCAAAUACUACGCGAAGUUCACUGCCUGUCAAAGAGGACGUCGUUACUAAAGGUAGCCUCGCAGGCCGAAUAAACCCUGCCCUAGCAGGUCUUCUAUCCCGUGGCCCACCUGCUGUAUCAGACGGCUCGAUAAAACCAAAAGUUCUACCGGCCGCCAGGGAAAGCGCCCUGCCGUCCGACACAGCCAUUUCAGCCCCUGCACUCACCCAUUUGACGAAAGCUCGCGUAAAGGGCCCCAAGAGGCGGCCCCCCAAGGCCAUUCCCGUAGCGGACGAGAAUACAGAGCCGACAGACUUGAGCGUCUCAGCCAAAACUACACCCUCAUCCUCUGAUCUAGAUACGCCUGCUACAAACUUUUCCCCAAAUGAGAAACCGUUGCCCGACACAAGAAGUUGGCCUCUUCCUGAACAAGGUCUCAACGACUCGAAAGCUGCGCCGGGAGCUGAUUCGCCGCAGUCCUCGCUGCCGGUCCCAAGUGUACCUGAGGAACCUAGAGACGUCUUACCACCGGUACCAGAGAAGGAUAAAUACCCGGAUCCGCUACUUUCUACGCCGUCAAAAAGGUCUCCAACCUUGGAGCGAAAGGUUUACGAAGCAGAAAACCAGGGAAAGUCUCCCUCCAUAUCCGCCUUCACUCCAUCUCAGCCAGCCAGCUCUCCGUCAAGUCCUCAAAACAACCAGCCACGAACCUCAUUUACUCACUACUCCUCACCGACACCCUCGCCGCUACGGACUAGUUUCAGGGAGAACCAACCCGUCCCUUCUCCGCGUAUGGGUAGCCCAUACAACUUCCUCAACCGAUCAAGAGAUUCGUCACCGUUCCGAAAGUCCUUGCCCUCUCCGCCUGUUCCCCCUAAAGGAAGCUAUGCUUCUACUGACCAAUUGUCGUCCCCGAGAUCAUCCGUCUCAUUAGUUCCGCAAGCUGAUGAAUCCCUUGAAGCAAUCUCUCAUUUCUUUAAGACGCUUCCACGCUCCAGUGAUCGUGUCAAUAUUGAUCCACAGUUAAUGCUGACCGACAAAGGCGACGGCUUAAGUAUCCGAACGUUGAGAAAGCAGAUAUGGGAAAUUACGGGAGAAGGCAACAAGCAAGAUCUACCGGUUAACCAGGAGUACAUUCUUUACGAAGGCGCAAUGUACUUGUGUGUCCAUUCGUUCGAGGAGGAUGGCAGUCCGAGAACCGAAGUUCAGCUUUGGCGCGGCGAUGAUAUUUGGGGUGGAGCAGUGGAUAGCGCCUUACCUUUCGCACGUAGGGUUGCCCGUGAGAAUAGCUGCAAGUUGGAAAUCAUCAGCCAGGGGAAAGAACCAGCCCGUUUCAUUCAGGCGCUCGGUGGCAUCCUAAUUACACGGCGUGGCUCCAGCUCCCGUUCCAGCUCAUCGGCCAUCUUUAUGCUGUGCGGACGGAAACACCUGGGGCAAAUGGUAUUUGACGAGGUUGAUUUCUCACCGCGUAAUCUGUGCAGUGGCUACCCGUUUGUGAUAUCAGCCAUGUUUGGCAAGGUAUACUUGUGGAAGGGGAAAGGAAGUUCCGCUGAAGAGAUUGGCGCGGCUCGUCUCAUUGGUAUGGACCUUGGACUGACGGGCGAAUUUGAAGAAGUCGCCGAAGGAGAGGAGCCCAGCAGCUUCUACGAGGUUUUUCCUCAACAUAAGGAGACAGAAGAAUAUGCACAAUCCGAAGAUUGGCUUUUGAAACCGGCUCAUGAUCAUUUCCGCCAUCGGUUACUCCGCGUGGACCAUGAGCUUGGCCAGCGAUCGUUUUGGAUCCGACGUCCAGGUUCAUCAUCUCCAGUGAUUCGUCCUAAUGACACAGUCCAGGAGGUCGAGCCAUUCUCGCAGAAGGACCUUUCACCACGGGGUAUCUACAUCCUUGACACUUUCUUCGAGAUCUAUGUGAUCGUGGGCGAACAAGCUUCCAAUAGGCCGGCUGAGUUUGCAUCGGCGGUCGUCUUUGCGCACGAGUACGGAAUUCUGGCCGCUUCACUUCAGGAUCGACCUUUUAUCCCCAGGAGCUUUAUAUCCCUAGGCGGGACGCCCGAGACUUGCCGCAGCGCAUUCCGCAAAUGGACCCGUCGUCCGUUGGAACGACCACCACAGGUAUUCCCAUUGAAUGCUGCGAUUGACGCCAUUCGAUCUUAA